AUGGAACGUCCGCAGGCGUUCGCUAAUCUCUGGAUUAUUAUCAAAACCAUCGGCUGGGUCCUCGCCCUCGAGGGCGUCGCCGACUUCUUCUCCGACCGCCACUACCACACCCUCUUCCGCCGCCUUAUCUUCCUCUUCAUCGACCGCGACCCCGCCCGGCCCGAACCCCCAGACAACUGGGCGGACUGGAGAGCGGUGGAUCAGCAGAACGAUGCAGACGUGCUGAGGUCAGAACUCGGCUUUACGAUACCCCUGCUGCUCGAAUCGCCCAAGUGCUAUUGGAUAUGGAAGUACCGCCUCUGGCUCCUGCAGGAGACGAUAGAGCGCCUGGAUGUGCAAAUGGCUAGGCGGGUCUGGGAGGAAGAGCUGGGACUCGCCUCCAAGAUGCUGACCAAGGACAAGCGCAACUUUCAUGCCUGGGGCUAUCGGCGCAAGGUCGUCGCCAAGCUCGAGAGCGCGGAGCUCGAUGGCAAGAGCAUGGUGGAGCCCGAGUUUGAGUAUACCUACAAGAUGAUUGGAGUUGACCUGUCCAAUUUCUCUGCCUGGCAUAAUCGGAGCAAGCUCAUUCCCCGACUCCUGGAUGAGCGGGGAGCGGAUGCUGCAGCUCGCAAGGACUUCCUUGAAACCGAGCUCAACCUAGUGAGAGAAGCUUUGAACGUUGGGCCAGAGGAUCAAUCGCUCUGGUUCUACCACGGCUUUCUCAUGCGGGAGAUAACAGACUACACCGGACGGCCCACAAUCACACCGAAUCUCUCGGAAAGUGAGAGGGAAGAAUACGUGUGUCGUGAGAUCGACUUUAUCAAAGAUCUCCUCGAAGAUUAUGACGAUAUCAAAUGGCUCUACGAUGCGCUUCUUGAGUACAGCGUAGAUCUCUGGAACCUGACGGGGCUGAUGCCCCAGCCAGACGAAUUGGACGAGUACUGGGAGUGGCUGCAGAGGUUGCAGAAACUGGACCCCAUGCGCAAAGGGCGAUGGGACGACUUUGAGAUGAUGUUGAGAAAGUCGGCACGAGAGAGUUCAGGCCUGUAA